AAUAAGAACUAAAUCCCAUUACUUCUUGGUUGCAAUCUCUCCCCAUAAAUCCUCCACACUCCCUUCUCCUUUUCGUCUCCACCAAACAAUUCCAUAUUCUUGUCUACUCGUUCUUCUCAUGGCUCAGGACAACGAGAAUAUCGGAUAUGAAGAGGAAUUUAUAACGAAUCCCCAUGGAUUGAAGCUCUUUGCAUGCAGAUGGCUGCCGGAGAACAGAAACCCGAAAGCCUUGAUCUUUUUAUGCCACGGAUAUGGAAUGGAGUGCAGCAUAUCUAUGAGAGAUACUGGAACUCGCCUGGCAAAGGCAGGUCAUGCAGUUUAUGGACUAGACUACGAAGGUCAUGGGAAAUCUUCUGGAUUGCAAGGAUACAUACCAAGCUUUAAUGCACUCGUCGACAGUUGCUCCAACUAUUUUAUGAGCGUUUGUGAGAGGCAGGAGAACAAGAAGAAGCAAAGGUUUCUUCUUGGCGAGUCCAUGGGAGGAGCAGUGGUCCUUCUCCUCCACAGGAAAGAGCCAACCUAUUGGAAUGGUGCCAUUUUGGUUGCUCCCAUGUGCAAGAUUGCUGAUGAGAUGAAGCCUCGACCGAUCGUAGUCAGUAUUUUGAAGAAGUUGUGCAACAUCAUACCGACGUGGAAAGUAGUCCCCACGCAGGAUAUUAUUGAUGCUGCCUUCAAAAAUCCUGAAAAAAGAGAGGAGAUUCGCUCUAAUCCUUACUGCUACAAGGGAAAACCCCGCUUGAAGACCGCCUAUGAGCUUCUCAUGGUCAGCUUAGACAUUGAAAAGAACCUAAACCAGGUUUCGCUGCCAUUCUUGGUUGUGCAUGGUGGAGACGAUAUCGUGACCGACCCAUCGGUGAGCAAAUUGCUCUAUGAAUCAGCCUCAAGCAAGGAUAAAACAUUCAAGCUAUACCCUGAAAUGUGGCAUGCUCUCACCUCUGGUGAACCACUUGAAAAUAUUGAACUUGUGUUUUCCGACAUUGUGGCCUGGCUAGAUGAGAGGACACCUCUAGGAGACACAAGAUCUGAAAUGAAGCAAAAAUCAAAGCAUGAUGAACAUAUUCCGGAGAUGCAAGCUAAGAAGAUGCCUAAUAAAUAGAGGUCCAGCAUAUGUGAUGGUGGUUGGAUGGUUAUGAUUCAUGGAAAUGGUGUUCACCUACAUUUGAUGUGGUUUUUUAGGCAGAAUUUUGUUUGUUUGAUGAUGAUUAUAGCAAUAUAAGCAAGCUUCAAGCAACUUUUAUAUGGCAUUUUCUAAAAUGGAGAGAUGGUGAUGGGAUUGUAUAUUGCUUUGGAAAAGUAAAGGUCCUUUGGACACUCUGAUGAUCAAUUUGUUUUAUUGGAUCAUAUGAACAAUGACAUCUGUCACAAUCUA